CCCUGCCACCUCGGACGUGUCGCCUAGUCUCUGGGAGCUCCCAGCACCCUCAUGCAUACACUGAGAACGCUGUGAGGCGGGCGGGGGAAGCGCAGGCACAGACCGGCGCCCAGAAGGCUCCCCCGGGGCAGCUCCCUCCUCUCGGCGCCGGGGAUCGUCCUCCCCUCCGGUGCCCCCGCCCGGCGCUCGCGCUCUGGCGCCCGCGCUCCCCGGCGCCCUCCCGCCGCUCUCCACUCCCACCGCCCCUCCGCCCUCCUCCCUUCUCUGUCUCUCUCCUCCUCCACAUCCUCUCCCGCCGCGCUCGGUCCGCGUACCUGGUGGCCCUUCUCGGUCCUCAGGGACUCUAGGUCUCCAGCCGCUGCGUCUCCGAGCCUCUCGCCGCGUCUCUCUCUGUCUCGCUGCUUCUCCCUGCUUUUCUCUCCCUCCGACUCUGUCUUUCUCUGGCUCAGUUUUGUCUCUGUCCGUUCCUCGCUUGCCCAGCCGUCUGGUGGCCCGAGGUGGCGACGGGCCCGGCGCGGGGCGCGAUGAGCGGCGCUUGCACGAGCUACGUGAGCGCAGAGCAGGAGGUGGUGCGCGGAUUCAGCUGCCCGCGGCCGGGGGGCGAGGCGGCCGCCGUCUUCUGCUGCGGCUUCCGCGACCACAAGUACUGCUGCGACGACCCGCACAGCUUCUUCCCCUACGAGCACAGCUACAUGUGGUGGCUCAGCAUUGGUGCCCUUGUGGGCCUGUCCAUAGCAGCCGUGGUUCUCCUGGCCUUCAUUGUCACUGCCUGUGUGCUUUGUUACCUGUUCAUCAGCUCUAAGCCCCACACGAAGUUGGACCCAGGCUUACACCUCCAGCCUCCAGACCCCAAGGAAGAAGCGCCCCCUGGCUGCCAAGGUGGAAACGCAGGCAAUUCAAUGGAGGUGCCAGGAGUCAGCAUUCUCCGACAGAAUCACCCCUUCCUGAACCCACGACUAGAAUACAAUGAAGAGCAGGCCGUGGACCCCAAACGCCUGCUCCAGCACUGCUUCAUGGCCACAGUGACUGCCAGUGACAUCCCAGGCAGCCCUCAGGAGGCUCCUGUCCCAAAUCUAGACCCAUGUGGACCAACGCCAUAAACAUCCAAUAAAUGUCUCUACA